GGUGCUGUUUCGUGGUGCUCUUCAUUGAAUCCAACUGGGAUUGCUGCGGGGCAGCUGUACUGGUGGCCUUCCUGCUCGCCUUGACAAAUUGUGGGGUUUGAGCUCCUAUAGGAUGAUAUUGCCCCAGGCGCUAGUGGGAUGUUGCGUGGUUAGGAAUUGGCAAGGUGAUCUCACCUUGGCCAACAGGCAAAUGAGCCCACAGGUAAGCCUCAUUCCUCAGGUGUGGUCUGUAUGUCAAAAACGUUCGAGAAUUCCCCCAGCUGGCUUCUGUUUUCUGCCUGCUUCCAGGUAGGGAACCAUUGGUGGAAGAAAGCCCAAAGAAUCCAUUUGCAGAAUUUGAGAAUUAGCGUGGGAUAGUUAUUAAAGGCUGUCUGGCAGCCAGGCAUUUCUCAAGGUUGUGCGCGUAUCCUUAAUCUAGCCGUUGCUUAAUCAUUUAUGAAUGGUAAACUGCAACCUUCAAAAUAAUCCCCCAAUAUAGAUUCACAAUUAAAAUCCUUGGGAUCAUUUUCAGAGAAAAGAGGUUGAAUAAAAAUCAACAGGGAAUAAUCUCUGAGGCUUUGAGGAUGUGCUGACUGCUUUAAUAAAAAGCAACUUAGCCAAGAAAGGCUCUCUGCCAGGGAUUUCUCUAUGAUCUUUGUCCUGUGGGCUGAUAACCUUCAACAAGACUGCUUAGCACCGACUGCUUUUAACCACAGUCUUUUGUCUACCAAGUGAAUCCACCAAACCUCCCCACGUUCGGUAAGCCUGUUGAGGUGAACUAGACGGAGCCCUGGGAGUGGCUCACGUGGCUGGGCUGUGUCCACCUGCCUCACGUCUUCUGCAUGAAGUGUCUCACAAUAGCGUGUGCCCCUGGAGCCGGUGGGUUCCUUCUGGGCUGGGCUUGGCACACGCUCGGCUGGGAGCAGUGCUGGCUCUGCUGGCUGAGGCUAAAGCACCUCGAGAUAAGGAGGGGACUCAGUUUUGCUGCUUUUUCUGUAUUGUUCCAUUUCCUGGUCACGUCCUGCAACACAGACCUCCAGACCAGCUGGAAUGCUUCUGUGUCCCUGUAGUGGGGUGUGCUGGAAAUGCCCGAGUGCUUUCCAUGGGAGCUGGGCAGCACGUGGAGUUCCAGGCUGGCUCCUUCCUUGCCUGUGGCACUGCUUGCCUUUAGCCCAGUGGCAUCACCUCACCAACAGUUCACCAUCCUGGGGAGCAGACCAAAUUGCCGGCCAGGCCCUCUGUCCUCCUGGGCAGCCGGUGGCUCUGCACUACCGUCUGCCUGCCUGACCCCAGGGACUAUGAGUCUGGGAGACAGCAGAGCAGCAGGGAAGGUGGCUGGACUCCAGUGCUGGACCUGACCUCCUGGAUGUCCAUCUGCAUAUUCAGAAGUCAUUCCCAGCUGGUUGGCUGCCUCCAGCCUCCCCACUCCCUCUUUAAAGGACCUGAGCGCAGCAGGAGAACGUGCCAGCGCUGCCUCUGCAGCAUCCGGAGCCCCCAGAUGCCUGCCCUUGGGGCACCACGCUCCUGGAGCCAAGGUGAGUGGGGUGCAGAGGUGGGAAUAGCUUGGGUCGGGACCCUCACUGAAGACAGAGGGAUGCGGCACCCGGUGGAUGGCUCUGGAAGGAUAUUUGCAGUGCUGGAGGGACAGCAGGCUGCUCCGUGCACGGCUCUCCCACUGAGGAACACCUGGGGAGACCACGUAGGGUGGCUCCCAUUUUGGAAAGGACACACUUGCCUUCUCUUCUGAGCAUCUUUGUUUCACUCCUCUGUUUUUAUCUUGAGGUAAGAGGAUCCUUGACUGCUUUUUAGUGUUUUAGAAGGUGGCACUGGUGAAGGCUGAUAGUAAGGAACCAAAGUAGGCAUUUGCUUGCCCAGUGGGGAAAGGGCUGCAUCAGCAGGAGCAAUUCCUGCGGGGCACGACCUCCUGUCCUGCGGCACUGGGGAUGCUGUGGGUGGGAGCCACGGCCACCCACGAUGGGCUGCCAUGGCCUGGGAUUGCAGGCUCUGAUCCUGCUCUUGAAAUCUCUGGCGGAAAAAUGGUGGUGCUGGAAGUCUUAGGCAAGUGGAGGACUUCUUGCUGGCUCUGAGUCAAUCUGCUUACAAGAGGUGUAUCAGCCUGGGUUUCUGGGGCUAGGAAGCCUCAGGGACAGGUAAGCUCCCUGACCUUGUGUUGAACACAGAGGAGGUGACAAAUUGUGACCAGGUGCCAAAAGAAGGUAUUUCCAUAACAAACUGCUGCAUCCAAAAGUGAGGCUGCGGGACCAGUUGUUUUGUGCCCGUGCCGUGCGGAAAGGCUUAAGGGUGGAUGAAGUGUGUGCCUGUCUUGCAUUUGCUGCGUGGUUUUGUUGGAAGCUGCUGGCAGGCUAAGAGGCAGCCUCGGGCGACGGUGGAGCUUGUUAUAGAAGCGGGUGGGGGAGAUGCUGAGAUCUGCGGGUACCCCAGCUUUGCGCGGGCUGGAAGUAAACCAGAAGGAGUUUGAAUGUCCCUCACGACAGACUGUUGUGAAAAUGAAAUCCUAAUGGUUGGGAGGGGUGAGGAGACAACACGAGAGAGCAACAAGUGGUGUUGGACAACCCAGAAAAUACUUGGUUUGUCAAGACUAGAGUUCUGCAAGAGGUAGAGCUCUCCCAGAUGCCUCCCUGGAAUAAAAGGCUGUUCAAAGAAAGGCAACCUGCUAAAAAACAGUGAUUAGAAAACCAUUUUCUACAGCUGCUUAUUAGCCUGGGGGUCUUGCUGUGGGGCUGACAGCUGUGGAGACGAGAGACUCACGGUCUUGAAAAUUAUCAGACUUUUCUGAGUAUGGCAAAAGAAUCUUAGACCCUUUAAAGGUGUCUGGAAAACAUCUAAACCACUCUACUUCAGUGAUGUAAAGCUACUGCUAAUUAACAUGGAUGAGGAAGAAGUGUCCCAUAAGGACAGUUAUUCCAUAAUUGCCCGGGAUAAGAGCUUGUCACCUUCUUUACCAAAGCUGUUGGAGCGAGUGACUGAGCAGAGUGGGUGGAUCCCUGCCUGGAGUCAGCAUGACAAUUUUAAGCUGGGAGCUGCUGGCUCAGUAGUUUUUCUCUUUCCCAGUAAUCCCAUCCCCAUUCCUUUUAUUCUGUGUUUGAACAAGCGCUUCGGAGCACUGUGCUGCGUUAGCUUGAACGUCCCAACGUGUCCUGCUCACAGCAGGUCACAUCACGCUUUCACCCUUAUUAUGCCCCUUCCCAGCAGCCUGCCUGCGCCACGCUGCCCCUCCAGCACUGCCUCCCAUCCCCGUGCCCUCAGGGCUGUGGUGGCCACUGCUGGGGCUUGAGAAGCCGUCGGAAGCGCACAGCAGCCACGCGCUAACCUUUGCCAGGGAUGUGGCUGCCUUCCUCCAGGAGCACCCGAACCCACCUUUGCCCACGCGCGCACGGCAAAGGGCUCCGACUCGUGCUCGCCACCCUUGUACCCGCGUCCAUGAGCCCAGAGGGAGUUUCCCAGAAGGCGUCGGGUGCAGUGAUGUGGGAAUUCUGCACUGUGAGGCCCAUUCGGGGCUCAUUUAACGAACUCGAGGCACCACGAAUGCCUGGCUGGUGAGUUUGGCAGCUGUGGCAGCGUCCAGGGUGUUGCCGGUGGUGUGCAACACCCAACAGCCUGCUGGUGAGUUUGGCAGUGCCUGGAGCAGGGAAUGAUCUGGUAACGGGUAUGCCCUGGAAAUCUGGGAGGAAAAUCUCUGGCAAGUGCAGAGCUGCUGUGUGAUGUUUUUCUUGCUGACAUUUCUUGCUCUUUCUCCAGCUCCACUCCUCUAGCAGGCUGAAAGCUCAAACGCCUCGAAAGCUGCUGGUCCAUCACUGGAAUGGUCCCUAAACAGCUAAAGGUCAGCUCUUUGGUGUCCAGGCAGGAAGAAGAGACAGUGGAUGGCAGCGCUGUCUCUGAGCAGGACAGAGACCACGCUACUACACCAGGGCGUAGCCCGGGGCUGAAGAUGGAGCCCUGCUUCCAGACCGACUCUCUCUUGCCUUCCCCCAGCACAUCCCUGAUGUCACAGCUCCUGAGCCACCCAAUGAUUGGCAGGAGCUUAGAUCCUUGCAUCCUUUUCCCUUCCUCCCAGGCAGCAGCCCUGCCCCAGGACUAUGAGCGUGGGGCAUCUCGUGGAGAAGGAGCGCAAGCCCUGGGUGUCCCCAGGAUCUGUGUCUCGGCUUCUGUGUCCGGUGCUGGUGACAGGGACCAGGUCUCCGACCGGCACCUGCAAGCCAAGCGGGCCAGGGUGGAGAGCAUCAUCCAAGGCAUGAGCCUACCACCGCCCCUGGCAUUUGGCACCAGCCUGGAGGCAGCUUUUACGCGUGAGAGAGAGCGGAGUGGUGAGGUGCCCGGGGAGAGCAAGAGGAAGCCAAAGCCGCCCCAGCAGGGCGCGGGAGCAGCCAGGCGAGUGGGCGCCCCACGGAGCAGCUCCCGUGCCAGGGGCUGCCAGCAGCUGAAGGAGCAACUCUGCUUUUUAGAGCAGCAGCUGAGGAGGCUUCAGGAGAAGUUCUCCCAGGUCUGUGACCCUGAGGACACUGCCCAAACCCAGGAAGGUACCAAGGAAGCAAAUCCACUGCCUGGUAAGCCUGGAGACAGACCAGACAGGGACAAUGCCACCGCCACCCAUGACCCACGCAGAGUGCCUCUCCAGAGGAGCGUACCAGGGGUGCACAGGCAGGAGGAGGAUGAGGACAGAGGGGGCACAGGUGGUGCCUUGCCCUCAGCCGCAAGGGUCCUCUCACAGGCUCUGAAGCACGAGCUGGCUGGGGUGACGUCCUGGGUGGUAGACUCCGUCCUGAAGACCGUGUGGCCAAAGGCAGCCAGCGACCUCCUGCAGGAGCACCACAGCCUCCCGGCGCCGGGGCGAGGUGCCAGGAGGGAGUAUUUUGCUGCUGGGAAAUGCAGAAAGCCACAUGCUAAACCAACCCCUGCGAAUGCACUGGGCUCACCCCAGGCUAAGGCCGUAUCUGGAGCUUCAGGGAAGAGCCCAGGCUCUCACGCUGGCUCCUUCAGUUCAAAGGCAGUCAGAAAUCCCUGUCAGGUCCCCAGCAUGGGUUAUCUGCCGGGACCGUCUGCCUCUGCCCAGGACAGCCAGGCGCUGCGCCAGCUGCCGGACUGCAGCCAGCACAGCCCCUGGACCAGCAGCUCUCCCUGGAGCUCCUCUGCUCCGGAGAGGAGUCCUCUGGAGCCCCUUGACUUGCAGUGGGGAACCGUCAGGCUGAGAUCAUCGGUUGUGAGACAGCAGCAGCAGCCCCUGCCGCUGAGCCACGCCAACGCGGAGAGCCUGGCGCUGCUGCCAGCUGUCAGGGAUGGCUGCGGGAAGCUGCAAACUGUGAUGGAUGCGACACCCUUCACCUCCACCCAUAUACAGGAGGCGCUGACCCCCAGCCACCUGAAGAAAGCCAAGCUGAUGUUUUUCUUCACCCGCUACCCCAGCUCCACUCUGCUCAAAACCUAUUUCCUCGAUGUCCAGUUCAGCCGCUGCAUCACCUCCCAGCUCAUCAAGUGGUUCAGCAACUUCCGUGAGUUUUACUACAUCCAGGUGGAGAAGUUUGCCCGGCAGGCUCUGCUGGAGGGUGUCGUGGACGCUGGUGCUCUCCGGGUUUCCCGGGACUCAGAGCUCUUCCGCGCCCUCAACACACACUAUAACAAGGGAAAUGACUUCGAGGUGCCAGGGCAGUUCCUGGAGGUGGCCAGUCUGACGCUGCGGGAGUUCUUCAGUGCCGUCAGGGCGGGCAAGGAUGCCGAUCCCGCCUGGAAAAAACCCAUUUACAAAAUAAUUUCUAAACUGGACAGUGACAUCCCGGAAGGUUUCAAAGCCGCUGGCUGCUCUCAGGAACUGCUCCACAGCUGAGUCUCCACAAAAGCAGCCCCAGGUCCUCCGUGCAGCCACGAUGUGUGAAGCACCUCCUGGACACUCUGUACAGCAUCCAUUAUUCUGACUAUUUUCUCUCUGUCCUGUAAGACAGCCCUUUGGGUGAGGUCUGUUGCUUGGAGAUUUAUGCUGUGUGUUUUUUCCCCUGCUCGAAGCUGGGGGGGGGGGGUCCUGCCAGAGACCCACAGAGGGGAGGGAGGAAGGCUGAAGUGCUGCCCCAGCUGUUCCCAUGACCCUGGGCAAGCUGCCUUCCUUCUCUUUUCCACAGGGCCACAGGUCAGGGAAAACAGCCUUUCUGUUUAUAGAGCAGCAGAGGUCCUAGCAGCGGGCAAAGUUUCCUUGGCACAGCAGGCUGCAGGGCGUGCCUGGUCCAACAGCAACGCCUCGAUUUCUGUCCAGAUACAAUACACCACCGUCCAAAGAAAAUAGCUGGUGAAUUCCAGCAUCUCAAGCAUCCUGUGAGGAUGGUUGACCCUGUCUGGGAGAUGCAAAACCAGCGUUGGUGUCAGCCAGCACGAACACCCCGUCCCAUCCCGUUUGGGAAGAGCUCUGCCGGACAGGGGCACACCGCGGCCAAGCAGGUGAGUGGCUGUGCUGGUGGAAACAACCCAGGAGCAACCGCUCCCCCGCGGCAUCGCCCGUGAUACGGGGAGAGCGGGGUGUGCAACUGGCACUGCUCAGCCCCCCAAACAGCCCCCACCGGGCUGUCACCGGAGGAGAGAGCGCUGUGUUAAACACCCACCCACGUCCCCUUGCACCCUUCUUCUCCUCUUGGCAAAACUGCCCCAAACACCUCUGCUCUGCGACCUUCCUGCGGCCAAUGAGGAGCACGUUAUUUGGGACCUGUCAGUCCCUGUGGGGUUUAACACGAGCUGUUCCUGCUGGCGAGGAGCUGGUCCUGAAGUUCGCAUCCCAUUGCUGUAAGGGUAUAAACCCACAGAGGUUUCUUUUCCUUCUGACCAGGAGUCAGUGACCGCUUUUCCACCCAACAGAGAGCGGCGAACCAUUCGUGCAUUAAGGGCUCUCAUGUCCUGUCGGGGGCAGUGGUUGGGAGGGAAAGGCUAUGAGGAGGAAUGAGGUCCUGGGAGAUGUACAGGAAGAAGCUGUGGGAGGGCAGCAGCGCUUAACUGUGGAUGAGAA